CACAGGAUGUGCUUCACAGUGCUCUCAGUUUCACAGCAGCAGCAGCAGCAGCUGGACUGAGGACACUCUGCAGCAACAUGAGCGCCGGGGUGGUGGUGUGCACCGGCUGGCUCGUCAAAUCCCCCCCGGAGAAGAAACUCAAGAGAUUUGCAUGGCGCAAACGUUGGUUUGUUCUCCGAACCGGUCGCAUGUGUGGGAAUCCAGAUGUGCUGGAGUACUACCAGAGCAAGAACUCCAAGAAGCCCAUCCGAACCAUCGACCUGAAGGAGUGCGAGGUGGAGAUGCUCAACGGGCAGCUCCGGAUCAAACGGGACUUUCACGGGAAGCACCUCUUUGUAGUGAAAACGUCCUCUCGGAUCUUCUACCUGGUGGCCAAAACCGAGGAGGAGAUGAACAGCUGGAUCAGGAACAUCAGUCAAAUCUGCCAUUUUAGGAGUCUGGAGGAGGCAGAGAGCACCGAGGAGGGAUUCUCUUUGACGCCCACCUCAAACCAGCCGUCAGUGGACAGCUCUGACCGAGCGUCCGUAGCAAGCCAGCCAGAUUCAGGCCACCCACGAGAUUACCUCUUCCUGUCACAGUGUGAGACGGGGAGCGUAAGCACCAGUAGACACGACAGCUUCUCAACCUCUGACAUCUCUUUGGAGCAGAGGUUAUCAGACGAUGCAGCCAAAGACCUCCUCCUCGAGUCCUCCUCAUCUUCCGUCUCUUACCCGAGUCCAUCUCUUAUACCCCACGUGCUGCUGAGCAACCCUCCCUUCAGCGCUCCCUACACCUUCACGGCCUUACCCUCGUCCGCCUCCUCGCCGUUGCGCCACUGCGUCGCCAACGUCUUCCAGUUCGACAAACCCUACCCUUCCAGCUUGUUCGAGGCAACUGGCGAUGCGCAAACGCCACCUCCACUACCGCCCAAACCGAAUCACCUGGCAGAGCUGCUGAAUGAAGACAGAGGUCAAAGGUCGAGGACACUGUGCGCUCAGCAUUUUCAAGCCGGGGCGCCGUUAUUCUCCCGGAGAACCUCACUGUCGAGCUUGGACCAUUUCAGCAUAGGCAACACUGACAGCAGAUUAACAAGAAACAGAAGACAAAGUGUCAAUCUGCCUUGUUUAAACAACAGACAAGUUCAAAGCUACCAGGAUGACUCGUAUGUCCCCAUGGCAUCGCCCUCUCCCUCUGGAACGUCUGUCCAGUGUGACAGUUAUAUCCCCAUGAGCCCCAGGACCUUCAGCUUCCUCGGUACGAACGGCAGCGCUGAGUCUUCCUCAUCGCUCAGCUCGCCAACGUGCCAAACUGGAGAUCCUGCACCGCCUCCAAUUCAUCGGCACCUCAAGCCACGCUUAAGGAGAGCUCGGCCCCCACCUCUGGACUUGAGAGGCCUCUCUACAAUCACCGAAUGUCCCACUCAUAUUCCUUUAAGCAAAGCAAUUACUGAAUUAUGCUUCCCAGCAAACCCCUCACCUCUUGACAGAAGGCUUGAGAAUGGGGACAGUUCAAGCAAUGAAGUGACAAACUGCUCUGCUUUGGAAUCGAGGCCCUUGUCCUGUCUCACCUUUGAUGGAACCGUUCAGCCCUGGACCAGAAGCUCGAACUUGGAUUAUUUGUCACUGGAUUUCAACUCUGCAUCCCCCUCGCCUGUACAAAAGAAGCCAUUCCUGUCUGACGAGUACAAGGUGGACUACGUGCAGGUGGACGAGAAGAAGACUCAGGCCCUUCAAAACACCAAGAUGGAGUGGACAGAUGUGCGUCAGUCAAAAACAUAAACACAACACAUCUGAUUGCACAAAUAUGGGUAAAGAAAAACAAUAACGAACGCUCACGGAGGAUCAACCGCCAUGUGAAAGCACUUUGAAGGACAACACUGAAGUAAAACAGCAAGAGCAAAGAAGCAAUUAGAUGUUUUUUUAUUUGUUUGUUUUGUUUUUUGUAGAGAACACACAAC